GCUUACUGACCAGACAACAGCGACAGAGGAGGUGUAGGCUAUAUGUGGACCUCUGUCUGGUCUUCAUUCAUACAAACCGGCGGAAAAUACUAUCUGUUGAAAAGUUGAAUGGGGUGACUAUAGGGUUCCAGCGCUUUCCAUAGUAGCCUCUAUAGCAGUGACGCGUGCGGUCUGGGAUAGGAAUGACUAAAACAUCAGAAGGGAGACGAAACAGCCUACAUUUAUUGUUGGAUUAACAACAUAAUAGACUAAACUUGCAACAGGACAGUCGGGCAGGAGACUGAAAACAUUCCAGGCUGACUGGCUGUCUGUCAUGAAGAAGCGAGCCAAUGAGGUGUUGGAGCCGGAUGAGCCUCUGUGCUGCUGUGAGUUUGUGGACCGUCAGGGGGGGCGGAGCCAUGUGGCAGCCUGCUGCUGUGACUGUGAGGACCUGGACGAUGCCUGUGACAGAUGGCUGAAGAAAAAGCCCCAGAAGGCAGAUUCACUGUCCCGUCUGGUUACCAUGGUGAGCGACCGCCUCCGUGUUCCCUGGUUCUGGGGCGGAGCCCGGCGUGUUGAUCUAUCGGUGCUGCCCCCGCUGCUCCUACUUCCAGUUCUCCUACACAUCGCAGCCCUUCACUUCCUGUUGGGCAUGGUGGUUCUGACCGCUCUACCGGUACUGGUUCUAUGGUACUACUAUGUCACCCACCGCAAGAAGGGCCGGACUCUGUUCUUCCUCAGCCUGGCCCUGUUCUCCCUGGGCUACAUGUACUACCUCUUCCUCACCGAGGUCUUCCCCAGGGGGGGUGUAGGGCUGAUCCAGCUGGGUACAGUGACCCUGGGGGUGGCCCUCACUCUGGCCUCACUCAUCCACACAAAGAGAGAGCCCGGCUACGUACGGCCUCACACGGCCGACGUCCACAGCACGGUGACCUAUCACAGCUCACCUCCGGACAGAGACCCCGCCCACACCGGCCUCAACGGGGUUGGUCAGGAAGUAGUGCUAGCCAAUCGGGGGAGUGGGUCGGAGCAGCAGGGCCAAGGGGUGGAGCAGAGGGAGAGUGGGCGGAGCAGGAAGUGGUGCUCUCUGUGCAGGGUGGUGCGGCCCCCCAGAGCGGGACACUGCAGGAUCUGUGGUGUCUGUGUCCUGAGGCUGGACCACCACUGUGUCUGGAUAAACAGUUGUGUGGGCCAGGCCAAUCACUGCAGCUUCCUGUCGACACUCCUCCUCUUUCUGUUGACCUCUCUGUAUGGGAUCAGUCUGGUGCUGCGCAGCGUGUGUCCCCAACAGAACCUGCUCAGCGCCCUGCUCUACUGCCCAGGCGUCUACAAUCAGUACAGCUCGGCAUUGUGUUUCACCUGUGCGUGGUACAGCAGCAUAGUGACGGGUGCCCUGCUACACCUUCUGGUCCUGCAGCUCAUCAACGUCAGCUACAACGUGACGGAGCGAGAGGUGCGCACCGCCCUCCGAGACAAGACCGCCCGCAGCCACUACUGGGGCCUCGUCGUAGACACGGGAGUCUACUCACAUGGUUUCCGUGGCAACUGGGCAGAGUUCCUGACAAUGGGAGAAGGCCUGCACACACCCUCACUCAGUCUCACUGACUUGGUGUAGCUGAGCUGCUCAUCAUCGUCAUUACAUCUUUAGAAGUGAUUGAUCAAUUGGACGAUCCAGGUAGAAGUUGCCCACAGAAACAGAUCUAGGAUCAUUUUACCCUCAUACCACAGGAGGCUGCUGAGGGGAGGGUGGCUCUCCAAUUCCUCUCCAAUUAAGGUGCCACCAACCUCCUGUGCCUCAAAGAAUCCUGACUUGAACUGUUAGGGGAAGAACACAAGACAGACCUUGGAUCAGUGUCUAUGGGUAACUUCACCCUCAGUGAUAUGGGCUAGAGUUGAAGGAUACAUCUGAUGUACUGUCUUUCACCAACAGAUGGCAGCAUAUCUCCACACCUCAGACUUCUGACUGCCAUCACCUUCUUUCCCCAGUUGUCCCAAAUAUGUAUAUAUACACUAGAUAACUGACAGGAGGCACUGUAUUGAAGCACCUCCAUCUUGGCACUGCCCCACCAUUGUAAAAAAUAUUUUGGAAACUAUAGAAAUGCAUUUACCAAAUGUCUACAUUAGUGUUUGCCAUGUUUAUUCUGUUACAGACACCUUAAUGCAGCGUUUCCCAAACUCGGUCAUCAGGAACCCAACGUGUGCAUGUUUUGGUUUUUGCCCUAACACUACACAGCUGAUUCAAAUGAUCAAAGCUUGAUGAUUAGUUGAGUAUUUGAAUCAGCUGUGUAUUGUUAUGGCAAAAACCAAAAUGUGACCCCCUUAGGAUGCCGAGGACCAAGUUUGGGAAACCCUGCUAAUAAAUUACACUGAAGAAAAACAUAAACGCAGCAUGUAAAGUGUUGGUCCCAUGUUUCAUGAGCUGAAAUAAAAAAAUCCCAGACA